AUGAUCUCGUUGCCGUGGUUGUUGACUGUCUGCUGCGCUCUGGCCGUAGUUGGCAGGUGUACAGUGUUGCAUCAAUCGGUAGAUUCUGCUUCCGGUGUGCUUAUAGCGAAGCAGCCCUCAGUGAGUGAGCAGCUGUUUCCUCUGACGAUCAUCCAUCUGAACGACUUUCAUGCUCGGUUCGAAGAAACGAACACAGUUUCGACGCGCUGCAAACCGGAUGAGGGUGAACGAUGUAUCGGAGGAUACGCUCGGGUUGUCUCCCGCGUCAAAUCCCUACAGCGCGAGUACGCCGAUCGCAAUCCGAUAUACCUGAACGCUGGUGAUAAUUUCCAAGGCACACUGUGGUACUCGCUGCUGCGCUGGAAUGUGACCGCACACUUUCUGAAUCUUCUCCCGGCGGACGUGAUGACACUCGGGAACCACGAGUUUGAACAUGGUAUUGGUGGGCUGGUGCCCUUCCUGGACGUGAUCGAUAGCCCGGUGGUAGUGACUAAUAUCGACGAUCGGGAAGAACCGACUCUACAGGGGAAGUACACGAAAAGCGUAGUGCUGGAGCGUGGUGGGCGUAAAAUCGGUGUGGUUGGUGUUAUCCAUCAUCUCACAAACACGAUGGGCAUGACGGAGCGACUCCGGUUUCUGGGCGAAGUAGAGCAGCUACGGAUGGAGAUCGGUCGGCUGAAGGAGGAAGGAAUUCAACACAUUGUGGUGCUUUCACACUGUGGUUUGGAGAUCGAUCGUAUCAUUGCUCGUGAACUUCCCGAUGUUGAUGUGGUCGUCGGAGGACAUUCACACACCUUCCUAUACAACGGUACUGCCGAUGGGUUUCCGGAUGACCCAGAAGAUACGUACCCGAUCGUGGUAGAGCAUCCCGAGGGGCGCACGACACUGAUUGUGCAGGCGGCGUCGUACGCGAAGUACGUUGGACGCAUCACGCUCUACUUCGAUGAGGAAGGUAACAUCCGUGAAUGGGAAGGAAAUCCAGAAUUCCUGGACAGCUCGGUACCGCAGGAUGAAGAAGUUCUCGCACAGCUAGCUCCAUGGCGGGAGCAGGUCAACGUGCAGGCCAACCGGCAGAUCGGUUAUUCGGCGGUAAUGCUCGCAAAACCCGACUGCGCUCGGGGAGAGUGUAACUUUGGUAACUUCAUUACGGACGGGUACAUCGACUACUUCGCAACGGAGGGCCAGAAGGCUCCGAAGCCCGACCAGUGGACGGAGGUGGCGAUCGCGUUCAAUACCGGUGGUGGCAUGCGAACGUCACUGUUUGCUGGGAAUCUCACGUUCGAUGAUCUUGUGACGGCGGUACCGUUUGAGGAUACGAUCGAUAGCUUUGAUCUGCUCGGUCGGGAUCUGCUCGAUGUGCUGGAGCAUAGUGCAAGCCGGUACGGCACAUCGGACACGAUGCAGAUGUCUGGCAUGAAGGUGACGUACGAUUUGCGCCGCCCUGCCGGGAGCCGGGUAGUGUCGGUGAGCUUACGGUGUCGCUACUGUUCGGUGCCUCACUACGAACCACUAGAUCCGGAGCAUGUGUAUCGGGUAGCGACCGGUGCGUACAUACGGAAGGGUGGCAGCGGGUACACGAUGAUUCCUGCGAGGGCUACAAAUCUGUUGAUCGGUCCGGUGGAUAUUGCCGUGCUGGAGCAUUACGUACGAAAGAUGACUCCCAUCGUAAGCGGAACUGAGGGACGCAUUACCGUUAUUGCAGAGUGAAUAAAACGCAACUCGAUUGUGGGUUCAAAAGCGCA